GGCCCCCCUAGCUCGGACUGCUUCCCACCCCCGCUUCUCUCUGUCAGUGGCCUGGGUCGAGGCCAGACCUCGGUCGGCGGGCCUAGAUCUUCGGCGGCGGGCCCGGCUGGCAGGGCUCGAGGGUGUGGGCGCGGGCCGCGUACAGCCGGCGCUGCAGCCGCUGUCCGAGGCCCUUGACGCCCUCCAAUGAGAGGGCUGGACGGUUCCGGGCCGCCCCAGCGCUCGCCCAGGUUUGAUAAGAUGAAACACCACAGAUGGGCCUUUUGAAGAUAAGGAGAAGGAAAAACAACACUGAAGACGUUGGGGGAAAAAACCCGGGUUAAUAAAUCUCUGACUCUAAAUUUGACUUUGAACUCGGUGAGACCUGUGGAUGCUGCUCUGGGAAGGCCGCAGUAAUGGAUCAGAAGAAGAACGAGAGCAUCGUCCCUAGCAUCACCCAGCUGGAGGACUUCCUCAUAGAACACAACUCCAAUGUCGUCUGGCUCCUCGUUGCUACCAUUUUGUCCUGUGGGUGGAUCAUUUACCUUACCUAUUACAAUUCUCGGAAUGUCGGUCUCAUUUUAACAUUGGUUCUUAACAGAUUACACAAACGUGGCUAUAUCCACAUUGGCUCCUUCUCUUUCUCUGUUCUUUCUGGAAAAGUCAUGGUCCGUGAAAUCUAUUACAUCACAGAAGACAUGUCUAUUAGAAUUCAAGAUGGAUUUGUAAUUUUUCGGUGGUGGAAAAUGUAUAACCCAAAGCAGAAGCAGCAUGACCCCAAGGCGGAGACCAGGCUGUACAUCACAGUCAACGACUUCGAGUUUCAUGUCUACAACCGUUCGGGUCUGUACGGACGUCUGCAAGAACUGUUUGGCUUGGAGCCAACAAUAAUCCCACCCAGGAAGGAGGAUGAUAAAACACGGGAAAAUGGGAGAACAAGAGCCCAGUCCAAAAUUGAAAGAGUAAAAGUGAAAACGGAAUCUCAGGACCCCACGUCUUCCUGGAGAUCCCUCAUUCCGGUCAUAAAGGUCAACGUGAGCACCGGACGCUUGGCCUUUGGAAACCAUUACCAGCCGCAGACUCUGUGCAUCAACUUCGACGAUGCUUUCUUAACUUACACCACGAAGCCGCCUUCCAGUCACCUGGACCAGUUCAUGCACAUCGUGAAAGGGAAGCUGGAGAACGCACGCGUCAUGCUCGUGCCCAGCCCGCGAUACGUCGGCCUUCAGAAUGAUGAACCUCCAAGAUUGAUGGGAGAAGGCUUCGUGGUGAUGCAGUCGAACGACGUGGACAUCUACUACUACAUGGACGAGCCAGGACUUGUUCCAGAAGAAACAGAAGAAAAUAUUGAAGGAGAAAUAAGCAGUGAGGAUUGCAAAUUACAAGAUUUACCUCCAUGUUGGGGACUGGAUAUAGUUUGUGGUAAAGGAACAGAUUUCAACUAUGGGCCAUGGGCUGAUCGGCAGAGAGAUUGUUUAUGGAAGUUUUUCUUCCCACCCGAUUAUCAAGUUCUGAAAGUUUCUGAAAUUGCACAGCCAGGGAGGCCGAGGCAGAUCCUUGCCUUUGAACUGCGCAUGAAUAUUAUUGCCGAUGCCACAAUUGAUUUGCUGUUUACCAAGAAUAGGGAAACGAACGCGGUGCACGUGAACGUGGGCGCCGGCUCCUACCUGGAGAUCAACAUCCCCAUGACCGUUGCGGAGCACGGUUACACCCCUGCAAUUAAAGGACAGCUCCUACAUGUCGAUGCCACGACCAGCAUGCAGUACCGGACCCUUCUGGAGGCAGAAAUGUUAGCGUUCCAUAUCAAUGCCAGCUACCCCCGGGUGUGGAACAUGCCCCAGACGUGGCAGUGUGAAUUAGAGGUGUACAAAGCCACCUACCACUUCAUCUUUGCACAGAAGAACUUCUUCACAGAUUUAAUUCAAGACUGGUCUAGCGAUAGUGCUCCGGACAUUUUUUCAUUUGUUCCAUACACCUGGAAUUUUAAAAUCAUGUUUCAUCAAUUUGAAAUGAUUUGGGCGGCCAAUCAGCACAACUGGAUCGAUUGUUCCACCAAACAACAGGAAAAUGUGUACCUGGCAGCCUGCGGGGAAACCCUGAACAUCGACUUCUCCCUGCCAUUCAUGGACUUCGUCCCGGCGACGUGCAGCACCAAGUUCUCCCUCCGGGGAGAAGACGUUGAUCUUCAUCUAUUUCUACCAGAUUGCCACCCUAGCAAAUAUUCAUUAUUUAUGCUAGUAAAGAAUUGCCACCCAAAUAAAAUGACUCAUGACACCGGCCUCCCUGCUGAGUGCCAGAGCGGCCAGAAGACAGUCAAGCCAAAAUGGCGGAACCUGACUCAGGAGAAGGCUGGCUGGGUUGAAUGCUGGGCUGUCCCGAGUGUCAUGCUCACCAUCGACUACACAUGGCACCCGAUUUACCCCCAGAAAGCAGAUGAGCAGCUGAAACAGUCGCUGUCAGAGAUGGAGGAAACGAUGCUGUCUGUGCUGAGGCCGUCCCAGAGGACAUCAGACAGAGCCGCUUCUGCUCCCUCCACGUCCUCGCGCCCCCCCGUGGACCCCUCGGAACUUCCGCCGGACAGGCUGCACGUGGAGAUGGAGCUGUCUCCAGACUCUCAGAUGACACUCUAUGGGCCUCUGUUAAAUGCGUUUUUGUGUAUAAAGGAAAACUACUUUGGGGAGGACGACAUGUACGUGGACUUUGAGGAGGCUGUUUCGAGUCCUGUUCUGUCCCUGUCCACAUCCUCCAGCUCUGGGUGGACUGCCGUCGGGAUGGAAGGUGACAGGAGGGAGAACGGAAGCGCAGCCAAGGCAGUGCACCCGCUGUCCCUGCGUCCCUGGGACAUCACCGUGCGGGUGAAUCUGCACCGAGUCCACGGGCGCCUUCCCGUUCAUGGGACUUCCGACGGUCCGGAAUGUCCCACGGCUUUCUUGGAAAGGCUGUGUUUUGAAAUGAAGAAAGGAUUUCGAGAGACUAUGCUGCAGCUUGUCCUGUCACCCCUGAAUGUGUUCAUCAGUGACAACUACCAGCAGCGGCCCCCCGCGGACGAAGCGCUCAGGGAAGGUCACAUCAGUCUGUCGGGCCUCCAGCUGCGAGCGCACGCCAUGUUCUCUGCAGAAGGCCUGCCUCUGGGGAGCGACUCCCUGGAGUACGCGUGGCUCAUCGACGUCCAGGCCGGGAGCCUCACGGCCAAGGUCACAGCACCGCAGCUGGCCUGCCUCUUGGAGUGGGGGCAGACGUUUGUCUUCCAUGUGGCGUGUCGGGAGUACGAACUGGAAAGGCCGAAAUCAGUGAUAAUGUGUCCGCAUGGGAUUGAUCGUCGGUUCUGUGAGUCCAAGUUGAGCUGUAUUCCUGGGCCCUGUCCAGCGUCAGAUGACCUGAAAUACACCAUGACGCGUUUGGCGGCCGAUGGAGCGGACAUCUACGUGGUGGAGCACGGCUGUGCCACAAACAUAAAGAUGGGUGCCGUUCGGGUGGCAGACUGUAACCUCCACAACCAGACGGUCGGGGAGGGAGUAAGUGCGGCGAUUCAGGACUUUCAAGUGAGACAGUACAUCGAGCAGCUGAACAGCCCGCGCGCUGGCCUUCAGCCUGCGAUCCUGCGGCGGGCCUGCUGGCUGGAGGCCGGCUCGGCCAGCUUAGGACUCAUCACUGUGGAUGUGGCGCUGGCGGCUGACCACCACUCGAAGCACGAGGCGCAGAGGCAUUUCUUAGAAACUCACGACGCCCGCACUAAGAGGCUGUGGUUUCUGUGGCCCGAGGACCCCCUGCGGAGCAAGAGGUGCAGGCACAGGUGUGGCUGCCUGGGUGGCUGCAGGUUCUUUGGUGGCACGGCGGCUGGCCUGGAUUUCUUCAGACUGGAAGAGCUGACCCCUUCCAGCAGCUCUGCGUUCUCGAGCACCGGCGUGGAGGCAGAGAUGUGUUAUGGGCAGUCUCUGCUACAGCCCGGAGAGUGGAUCGUCACCAAGGAGAUCCCCAGACCUGCAGAGGGUCCUGUGAGUGGCGGGAAGCGGAGAGAAUGGGAGAGCAGGCCCACGGGGACGGAGGCCGAGCGGAAGACGCAGCACCUGAGCCUGCAGGUCCCUCUGCGCUGUCACAGCUCGUCCUCGUCCUCCGAUGACAACAGCAGCUGCAGCGCGGCCCAGCCCCUGCUGGCUGGGGACCGGGAAAGCCCGUCCUCGGGGGCCGAAGAGCAGGUGCUGCCGAAGGCGCUCCUGCCGGGCGCACAGAGAGACGAAGGCCACGGGAGUGCUCCUGCAGAAAUUUCAGGACAUAGCCCCGUGUCUCCAAACACGCAGGACAAGUCAGCAGGUCAGUCCCCGCUGCGGUCCCCACUGAAGCGACAAGCCUCCGUGUGCUCCACCCGACUGGGCAGCACCAAGAGCCUCACUGCCGCGUUUUAUGGGGACAAGCAGCCCACUGCCACGGGAGUCCAGUUCAGCAGCGACGUCUCCCGCAGCGACGAGAACGUCCUAGACUCACCGAAGCAGAGGCGGAGCUUCGGCUCGUUCCCGUACACGCCGUCGGCGGACUCAAGCUCCUUCCCUCAGUACCGGUCCAUGGACUCCAGCAUGUCUGUGGCCGACAGCGAGGCCUACUUUUCUGCCGCUGAGGAGUUUGAGCCCAUUAGCAGUGACGAAGGGCCUGGAACUUACCCAGGGAGGAAGAAGAAGAAGAAGCAGACGCAGCAGAUUGACUACAGCCGGGGAUCCAUAUACCACAGCGUGGAGGGACCGCUCCUCGGCCACGGAGAGAGCCUUCAGGACCCCCGGACCCUGCCAUUCAGAACCCACCCUUCCCAGGCCUCCUUCGUGUCUGCUCUGGGUGGGGACGACGAUGUCCUGGAGCACCUGGACGCUGCAGAGGGGGAGAAGGUGGUGGGGAGCGAGCCAGGCGCAUCUCAGCAGCCAGCCACGAGCUGCUACCAGACGUACCUCACUCAGUUCCAGGUGGUGAACUGGGCGGUGAAGCACCCGGCCAACAAAAGGACCUCCAAGUCCUCGCUGCAUCGCCCCCUCGAUCUGGACACGCCCCCCAGUGAGGAGGGCUCGUCAGCGUGCGAGCAGCUUUCCGUGCCAACUUUUAAGGUUAUCAAGCAGGGGCUCACAGCUAAUUCUUUGCUAGACAGAGGAGUGCAACUUUCGGGGUCAACUUCAAAGACACCGUACACCCCUCUGGAGAGGAGAGCCCCAGAGAGCUCGGAGGACGACCCCGUGACGGACGAGUGGGUUCUGGACCAGCCCGUCCCCCAGACCAGGACGACGGCCGUGGUGGAGGUCCGAGGUGCUAUGGACAUCGUGCUGACGCCCCUGGUGGCUGAGGCUUUAGACAGAUACAUCGAGGCGAUGGCCCAUCGCGCCAGCACCCGCCACCCGGCGGCCAUUGUGGAUGACCUUCACGCCAAGGUCCUCAGGGAGGCUGUCCAAAACAGCAGGACCACCUUCUCAGAGAAUUUAUCCUCCAAACAAGACGUCAGAGCAAUGAAGCCUGAGCACCCUACCCUGGGGACGACGCCCGAGGGACAGACGCAGACCAGCCUCGCGGUGAAACCGGACAGUGUGACCGUCAAAGGCCUGCAGGCCAGCGUCAGCAUACCAAAGAUCAACUUAUGUCUGUUGCAAGCCUCAGUGGAAGAGGCCCCCAGCACGGCCCCCAGCAGAAGUGUGACUCACGUGUCCCUGGUCGCUUUGUGUUUCGACAGAAUCGCCACGCAAGUCCGCAUGAACAGAGGUGUGGUCGAGGAGGCUGCCAGCGGCACGGAGGCCGGCAGGGCGUCCCGGUUCGACAGGUGUGUGCACGCCACCAGGAUGCAGCCGCAGUCGUCUGGGUCACUGAGGUCCAACGCUGGAGCUGAGAAGGGCAAGGAGAUCGCCGCCAAGCUGAACAUCCAUCGAGUUCAUGGGCAGCUCAGGGGUCUCGAUACAACAGAUGUCGGCACCUGUGCCAUCACCGCCAUCCCCUUUGAAAAGUCCAAAGUGCUGUUCACGCUGGAGGAGCUGGAUGAGUUUACGUUUGUGGAUGAGACUGAUCAGCAAGCUGUGCCAGACGCGACCCGAAUUGGUCCCAGCCAAGAGAAGUGGGGCUGGAUAAUGUUCGAAUGUGGACUUGAAAACCUAACCAUAAAAGGAGGAAGACAGUCCGGUGCUGUUUUGUAUAAUGCUUUUGGGACAAUGGGCAAGGCGAGCGCCACCGAAGGGGGCGGCGUGCUGACGUCCAAUCACUCCUCGGACUCCCCGACGGGCAGCGGCUACAACACAGACGUCUCUGACGACAACCUUCCCUGUGACCGAGCCAGCCCUUCUUCCGACUUAAAUGGAAACUCUGUUUCUGAUGAGCAGGACGAAGGAGUCGAGUCUGAUGACCUGAAGAAAGACGUGCCCCUCCUGCCGCCACCGCCCGACUCCUGCAGCAUGAAGCUCACCAUCCAGGAGAUCUGGUUCAGCUUCGCGGCCCCCACCAACGUGCGGUCGCCAGCUCACGCGUUUUCUAGGCAGCUGAACCUUCUGAGCACGGCGACCCCUGCUGUUGGUGCCUGGCUCGUUCCCAUCGAUCAGCUGAAGUCGGCCUUGAACAAGCUGGACACAGAGGGGACGCUGCGAGUCUGCGCCGUGAUGGGCUGCAUCAUGACUGAGGCGUUGGAGAAUAAAAGUGUGCAUUUUCCCCUAAGAAGUAAAUACAACAGACUGACAAAAGUUGCCCGCUUUCUCCAAGAAAACCCUUCGUGUUUGCUGUGCAAUAUACUCCACCACUACCUGCACCAGGCCAAUUACUCCAUCAUCGAUGACGCCACCAUGAGCGACGGGCUUCCUGCCUUGGUGACCUUAAAGAAAGGCUUAGUCGCACUGGCCAGGCAGUGGAUGAAGUUCAUUGUGGUGACGCCGGCCUUCAAAGGAGUCAGCCUGCACCGGCCGGCCCGGCCCCCGCAGCCCCAGGCCACCUCGGACCCCGACCAGGAGGACGGGCUCGGGCUGGACAACGGAGGGGGCCUGCAGAGCGACACCAGCGCCGACGGGGCCGAGUUCGAAUUCGAUGCAGCCACCGUCAGCGAGCACACGAUGCUGCUGGAAGGCCCGGCCAGCCGGCCACCCGCUGGUGGCCCGGGGCCUGUCACCGGGGCGGAGAUCAUGAGGAAGCUGUCCAAGACGCACACCCACAGCGACUCCGCGUUGAAGAUAAAGGGCGUGCACCCGUACCACUCUCUGAGCUACACCAGCGGGGACACCGCCACGGACUCACCGGUGCACGGGGGCCGCGCGGGGCCGCCGGUCAGGGAGAGCCCGCGCAAGGAGAGCCUGCUCAGCUGCCUGACCGGGAGCUUCCCGAGCCUGCACAGCCUCCUGGAGGGGACGCCCCAGAGGGGCGGCGCGGCCGGCAAGAGCAGCUCCUUGACCAGAACAGGGAACGCUCUGGCCACGGACAUGCUGUCGGAGCACCCGCUGCUGUCGGAGCCGUCCUCCGUGAGCUUCUACAACUGGAUGUCCAACGCCGUGGGCAACCGAGGCAGCGUGGUGCAGGAGUCCCCGGCCACAAAGUCGGGGCACAACAGUCUUCCCACAGGGGUCGUGCCCAAUCUUCCUACGAUACCCUCGGCCUCAGACUUCAACACCGUACUGUCGAGCGAGCAGAACACCCUGGACGGGACGCACUCUCAGCACAGCACGAGUCAGGACGACGUGGCGGGCGUGGAGGAGGCCAACCAAGGCUUCCCUGCGGUCCAGCUGGCUGACGCACAGGUCGUUUUCAAGCCUCUGCUGAGCCACACGGGGAUCCAGUCACAGGACGCGAUGCCGCUGUGCUACCGGAUGUACUUUGGAGAACACCUGUCGUUCUCAGGGACGCUGGACUGCCUCAGGGCGGACAUCGUGGACUCGGACACAGCCAAGGAGAGGAAGGGCAGGAGGGCAAGAAGGCAGGGCCACGUGAAUCUUCCUCCGCUGGAGUUCAAACCCGCACUGAGGCUGGAGACCUUCGGCCUCAGUGCGGUGGUGAUGGAGAAGUCCGCGUGUGCCCCACGGAGCUCCGCCAGCGCACUGUCCUUCCACGACCUGGGCAAGCGCCACUACAGCACCUUCCACUGCAACUUCACCGUCUCCUGUCAGUCCAUCAGCCAGCACGUGGACAUGGCCCUGGUGCGCCUCGUCCACCAGUUCAGCACCAUGGUCGAUGACAUCAAAGCCACGCAGACGGACAUCAAGCUGAGCAGGUACACAGCGGGGUCCGCUUCGCCAACGCCCACCUUCAAGACCAGGAAACACCGGGACUUCCGCUCCUCCGACUUCAGCCGCAGCUCCCGGGGAAGUCUCAACGGUGGCACCAGAGUGAAUAACACCAAGAACAAACGGACCAGCAACGAGAACAACAAAAAGGAGUCUCGGAACAAAAACUCCUUGGGACGGUCCGAGAGAAGGACUUCCAAAGUGUCCCGGAAGGGCUCCAAGGACGUGGCGGACCACGUGGCGAUCCCCAUGGACGACUCGGACUCCAUCACCGUGUCGGAGCAGAGCGAGCCCUCCGCCGAGUGCUGGCAGAACAUGUACAAGCUGCUCAACUUCUACUCCCUCAUCUCCGACCCGACGGGCAUCCUGGAAAAGUCUUCCGAGGCUUUUGGACCUGCAGGCGUGCGGAGCCCGACGGAGCCGGCCUGCAGAGUGGUGUUCGAGAACGAACAGGACAGCAGCAGCAUGACGAAGCGGAAGCGCAGCUUGGUGACAGCGGAGCCCCAGCACGUCACCCUGAUCGUGUUCGGGAUCGGCAUGGUGAACCGCACGCACCUGGAGGCAGACAUCGGCGGGCUCACCAUGGAGUCGGAGCUGAAGCGCAUCCACGGCAGCUUCACCCUGAAGGAGAAGAUGAAAGACGUUUUACAUCAGAAGAUGACGGAGACCUGUGCCACUGCGCACGUCGGUGGCGUGAACAUCGUGCUGCUGGAAGGGAUCACUCCGAACAUACAACUGGAGGAUUUCCCUACAUCUCCUACAAGCACAGCCAAACAAGAGUUUCUGACCGUCGUCAAGUGCAGCAUCGCCAAAUCCCAGGCCCUCUACAGCGCCCAGCGGGGCCUGAAGACGAGCAACGCCGCGGUGCUCAGAGUCGGCGCCGUCAGCGUCAACAUCCCCCAGCACCCCGCCACCUUGCACAGCAUGAUGGUCCGGAGCUCUCACCAGCUGUCAAAGCAGAUCUCCGACCUCAUCAGACAGCCCUCCACCGUCCCACAGCCAGUAAAAGAAGACAUCGCAACCCCUCUACCUUCUGAAAAAACCCCAACGAGUGUUAAUCAGACGCCUGUGGAGACAAAUGAGUUUCCUCAGCUGCCGGAAGGCUUGGAGAAGAAGCCUCUGGUCCUGAAGUUCAGCACGAUGCUGGAUGGCGUUGCCCUUGGGGCCGCACUGCUGCCCUCCCUGCGGGCCGAGUACAAGACGGGCCGGAUGCGGAGCCAUGGGAUGACAGGUGCACAGACCAGGUUUACGUUUGAGCUGCCAAAUCACAGACUGCGUUUCACCUCCAAAGUCUCUGCCACGGACAUGUCGACUAUCCCCCCCUCCGCCAGCCUGAACCUGCCCCCCGUGACCAUGUCCGGGAAGUACGUGAUGGAGGAGCACGACAGCUGCUCAGACCAGGUGUGGAGCAUCGACGAGCUGCCCACCAAGCAGGGCUACUACCUGCAGGGGAACUACCUGCGCUGCGUGGCGGAGGUUGGUUCUUUCGAACAUAAUCUCACAACCGACCUUCUGAACCACUUGGUGUUCGUGCAGAAAGUGUUCAUGAAGGAAGUCAACGAAGUGAUACAGAAAGUCUCUGGUGGGGAGCAGCCGAUUCCUCUGUGGAACGAGCACGAGGGCACAGCGGAUGGGGACAAGCCCAAGAUCCUCCUCUAUUCCCUCAACCUGCAGUUCAAGGGCAUUCAAGUCACGGCCACAACUCCGUCGAUGCGAGCGGUGAGGUUCGAAACCGGCCUGAUUGAACUGGAGCUCUCAAACCGGCUCCAAACCAAAGCAUCUCCAGGAAGCAGCAGCUACCUGAAACUGUUCGGCAAAUGCCAGGUGGAUUUGAAUCUGGCAUUGGGACAGAUUGUCAAACACCAGGUCUAUGAGGAAGCUGGUUCUGAUUUUCAUCAAGUUGCCUAUUUUAAAACCAGAAUCGGACUAAGAAAUGCCCUCCGAGAAGAGAUCAGUGGGUCUUCAGACAGGGAAGCUGUGCUCAUCACCUUGAACAGGCCGAUCGUGUACGCACAGCCUGUGGCCUUCGACCGAGCUGUGCUGUUUUGGCUGAACUACAAGGCUGCCUAUGACAACUGGAACGAACAGCGGAUGGCUCUGCAUAAGGACAUCCACGUGGCUACGAAGGAGGUGGUGGAUAUGCUGCCUGGAAUCCAGCAGACCUCUGCCCAGGCCUUCGGGACGCUCUUCCUGCAGCUCACCGUCAAUGAUCUGGGGAUUUGCCUGCCAAUCACAACCGCGGCACAGUCCAACCACGCUGGCGACCUUGACGCCGGCUCUGCCUUGGUGCUGACCAUCGAGAGCACCCUCAUCACAGCCUGCUCCUCGGAGUCCCUGGUCAGCAAAGGGCACUUCAAAAACUUCUGUAUCCGCUUCGCUGACGGCUUUGAGACGUCGUGGGACGACUGGAAGCCAGAAGUCCGUGGGGACCUCGUGAUGAAUGCCUGUGUGGUUCCCGACGGCACCUACGAAGUGUGCUCCCGGACUGCAGGACAAGCAGCGGCCGAGAGCAGUAGUGCCGGAACCUGGACCCUCAACGUGCUGUGGAAAAUGUGUGGGAUUGACGUGCACAUGGACCCCAACAUCGGCAAGCGGCUGAACGCCCUGGGCAACACCCUGACCACGCUGACCGGUGAGGAGGACGUGGACGACAUUGCUGACCUGAACUCCGUGAGCAUCGGCGACCUGUCGGACGAGGGUGAAGUGGACACUGUGUCUCCCACUGUCCACACUAGUUCAGAUGGAAGCCCCGUCAGUGGGGACGGCCACAAGCUCACCUUUGGGCAGCGACUCGUAAACCACCUGCUAGGCCUGACGCCCCCCCAGCAGCGCCAUUCUGUCCCUGCAGAGUAUCUGUGCGACCCUGGGCCAUGGGUCUCCCCUCAGUCUAGCCAGGCCCAUGUGCAAGUGUGCAGAGCUCACUCGUGGGGAAACGAAGCUGUCGAGUAUCGAAGACAAGGCGCACCUUGCAGCCAGCCGGGAGACCUGCGGGGCAGGAAGCUGAUGAAGCGAAUCGUGGACAUCAGGGAGCUGAACGAGCAGGCCAAGGUCAUAGAUGACCUGAAAAAAUUAGGUGCCAGUGAAGGAACCAUAAACCAGGAAAUUCAGCGUUACCAGCAGUUAGAAUCUGUUGCCGUGAAUGAUAUUCGAAGAGACGUUCGCAAGAAAUUACGGAGGUCCAGCAUGCGAGCUGCUUCCCUGAAGGAUAAGUGGGGUUUGGGCUACAAACCCAGCUACAGCCGGUCGAAGACCGUCUCUGCUUCUGGGAGGCCGCCUCUGAAGCGGACGGAGAGGGCCAGUUCUCGAGCAGGAGACCCUGAGGAGCUCCCGGAAAUCCGUGUGGACGCAGCAUCUCCUGGGCCCCGAGUGACGUUCAACAUCCAAGACACAUUGAAAAAAACAGUGUGGGCAAGCACACCAGAGUCCAGCUGUCCCGGGGAAGGGUACUUUCAGUUUCCGGAGGAGACAGAACUGGAUCUUCUGUCAGUCACCAUCGACGGCCCCUCUCAUUACUCACCCAGCAGCGAAGGGUCCUGCUCCGUGUUCCGUUCCCCCCGUGUGCCGGGCUUGUCCCCAGGCGCCGCCUUCCAGCCUGAAGAUGGCCGGCGAGAUGACAGUUUGUCUUCUACGAGCGAAGAUUCCGAGAAGGAUGAAAAGGAUGAAGAUCAUGAGAAGGAAAGGUUUUAUAUCUACAGGAAACCCUCACAUACAUCUCGUAAGAAGGCCACGGGCUUCGCUGCUGUCCACCAGCUGUUCACAGAGCGCUGGCCCACGGCACCUGUCAACCGGAGCCUCAGUGGCACAACCUCAGAGAGGAACAUCGACUUUGAACUAGACAUACGGGUGGAAAUUGACAGUGGAAAGUGCGUGCUGCACCCGACCACCCUCCUACAAGAGCAUGACGACAUCAGCUUGAGGAGGAGCUAUGACAGAAGUUCUAGGAGUUUAGAUCAAGAUUCUCCUUCAAAAAAGAAGUUUCAAACUAAUUAUGCUUCUACGACUCACUUAAUGACAAGCAAGAAGGUGCCGUCGUCCCUGCAGACCAAGCCGAGUGACUUGGAGACCACGGUCUUCUACAUCCCUGGCGUGGACGUGAAGCUGCAUUACAAUUCCAAGACGCUGAAGACCGAGUCGCCCAACGCCUCCAGAGGGUCAUCCCUGCCAAGAACACUCUCGAAAGAGUCCAAGCUGUCCGGUAUGAGAGAUAGUGCCGCCUCUCCUCCUCCUCUGCCCUGCACUGUCCAGAGCAAGACUAACACCUUACUUCCUCCCCAGCCCCCACCUCCGCCCUCAGCCAAGGGAAAAGGAAGUGGAGGAGUGAAGACGGCCAAGCUGUAUGCCUGGGUCGCCCUCCAGUCACUGCCGGAAGAGAUGGUCAUCAGCCCCUGCCUGUUGGACUUCCUGGAAAAGGCUCUGGAGACGAUCCCCAUCACCCCCAUUGAGAGGAAUUACACAGCAGUCAGCUCCCAGGAUGAGGACAUGGGGCACUUUGAGAUCCCGGAGCCCAUGGAGGAGUCGGCAGUGUCGCUGGUGUCGUCCUCCACGUCCGCGUGCUCCUCCUUCCCCGUGGACGUCGUGGUGUAUGUGCGCGUGCAGCCCUCUCAGAUCAAGUUCAGCUGCUUGCCAGUGUCCAGAGUGGAAUGCAUGCUGAAGCUGCCAUCCCUGGACUUGGUGUUCUCCUCAAACCGGGGAGAGCUGGAGACUUUAGGGACCACAUAUCCGGCCGAGACUGUGUCCCCUGGAAGCAGUGCCUCCCAGGGUGGGGCAAAGGCCUCUGCAGGCAAGACAGGAGCCCCAGGUUCAUCGGGCCUGGGCAGCCCUCUCGGCCGAAGCCGGCACAGCAGCAGCCAGUCGGAUCUGACCACGUCCAGCAGCAGCUCCUCGGGGCUGAGCUUCACGGCCUGCAUGUCCGACUUCUCACUCUACGUGUUCCACCCGUACGGGGCCGGGAAGCAGAAGACUGCCGUCUCUGGCCUCACGGCCGGGUCGGGGGCGCUAGGGAAUGUGGAUGAAGAACCCACUUCCGUCACCGGUCGGAAGGACUCCCUGAGCAUAAACCUCGAGUUUGUAAAAGUGAGUUUAUCUCGGAUACGGCGAUCAGGAGGCACCUCGUUUUUUGAAAGUCAGUCUGUAAACAAGUCUGCGAGCAAAAUGGACACCACGCUCAUAAAUAUAUCUGCUGUUUGUGACAUAGGCUCCGCAUCCUUUAAAUACGACAUGCGCCGACUCAGUGAGAUCCUAGCGUUCCCAAGAGCCUGGUACAGGAGAAGCAUUGCGAGGCGCCUCUUCCUUGGAGACCAAACUAUAAACUUGCCAACGUCUGGCCCAGGGACGCCUGACUCCAUCGAGGGGGUGAGCCAGCACCUGUCCCCCGAGUCCUCGAGGAAGGCCUACUGCAGGACCUGGGAGCAGCCCAGCCAGUCGGCCUCCUUCACACACAUGCCCCCGUCCCCCAGCGCGUUCAGCGAGCACCUGGCGAACAGCACCAUGUCACCAGGGGCCGCACAGAGCCUCAAGUCCCCUGCGUCCGUGAGGUCCAGGAGCGUGUCGGACUCCUCCGUGCCCCGGAGAGAUUCACUUUCAAAAACAUCAACUCCUUUCAACAAGUCAAACAAAGCAGCAAGUCAACAGGGGACCCCGUGGGAAACACUUGUCGUGUUUGCUAUCAACCUGAAGCAAUUGAACGUUCAGAUGAACAUGAGUAAUGUGAUGGGAAACACAACUUGGACCACGAGCGGCUUGAAGAGCCAGGGCCGCCUGUCAGUGGGAAGUCACCGCGACCGGGAGAUCAGCAUGUCCGUGGGGCUGGGCAGGUCCCAGUUAGACUCCAAGGGGGGAGUUGUUGGCGGCACCAUUGAUGUCAACGCUCUGGAGAUGGUCGCGCAUAUUUCCGAACACCCGAAUCAGCAGCCCAGUCACAAGAUCCAGGUCACCAUGGGCUCUACAGAGGCCCGUGUGGACUACAUGGGCUCCAGCAUCCUCAUGGGCAUCUUCAGCAACGCGGACCUGAAGCUGCAGGACGAGUGGAAGGUGAACCUGUGCGCCGCCCCGGACUCGAGCAUGGCCGAUAAGAGCGAGAUUUUUGUCCAUGGAGAUCUGAAGUGGGACAUUUUCCAAGUGAUGAUAUCAAGGUCAACCACGCCAGACCUGAUAAAAAUAGGAAUGAAGCUCCAGGAAUUUUUCACGCAACAGUUUGACACCAGCAAACGAGCUCUGUCCACCUGGGGACCCGUUCCUUACCUCCCACCCAAGGCCGUGCCGAACAACCUGGAGAGAAGUUCGCAGGAGCAGUUGCUGGACGCCGCGCACCACCGGCACUGGCCCGGCGUGCUGAAGGUGGUGUCGGGAUGCCACCUCUCCUUGUUCCAGGUCCCCUUGCCAGAGGACGGGAUGCAGUUUGGAGGGUCGAUGAGCUUGCACGGCAAUCAUAUGACACUGGCCUGUUUUCACGGUCCAAAUUUUCGUUCAAAAUCCUGGGCCCUUUUUCACUUGGAAGAACCAAACAUUGCUUUUUGGACCGAAGCUCAGAAAAUCUGGGAAGAUGGCUCGGGUGACCAUUCUACGUACAUCGUACAAACUCUGGACUUCCACCUGGGCCACAACACCAUGGUCACCAAACCCUGUGGCGCUCUGGAAAGCCCCAUGGCGACAAUAACCAAGAUAACACGGCGUCGCCAUGAGAACCCCCCCCACGGAGUGGCGAGUGUGAAGGAGUGGUUCAAUUACGUUACGGCCACGAGAAAUGAAGAGCUGAACCUGCUUCGUAACGUAGAUGCUAACAACACGGAGAACAGCACCACGGUGAAGAACUCCAGCCUGCUGAGCGGGUUCAGGGGCGGCUCCUCCUACAACCACGAAACAGAGACUAUCUUCGCAUUGCCGAGGAUGCAGCUUGAUUUCAAGUCCAUUCAUGUUCAAGAACCACAAGAACCUUCGCUACAAGAUGCCAGCCUGAAGCCCAAGGUGGAGUGCAGUGUGGUGACGGAGUUCACCGAUCACAUCUGUGUGACCAUGGAUGCCGAGCUCAUCAUGUUCCUCCACGACCUCGUGUCGGCCUACCUUAAAGAGAAGGAAAAAGCCAUUUUCCCACCUCGCAUUUUAUCGACUCGGCCAGGACAGAAAAGUCCAGUCAUCAUCCACGAUGACACCGCCUCGGACAAGGACAGAGAAGAUGGUAUCACUUACACCACCGUGGACUGGAGGGACUUUCUGUGCAACACGUGGCACCUGGAGCCCACGCUCAGAUUAAUUUCUUGGACUGGAAGGAAGAUUGAUCCAGUGGGCGUUGAUUACAUCCUUCAAAAGCUGGGCUUCCACCACGCCAGAACUACCAUCCCUAAGUGGCUUCAGAGAGGGGUCAUGGACCCCCUGGACAAGGUUCUCUCCGUCCUCAUCAAAAAGCUGGGGACUGCACUACAGGACGAGAAGGAGAAGAAAGGAAAGGACAAGGAAGAACACUAAAAAGUCACUUGAUCUGUGAACACAUUGUGAUUGUGUCCAUUAAGUUUUAUUACACUGGGUUUUUUUGUAUAGUAAAAUUAUUUAAAAUAUAACUUUAAAAUAAUUCUAAUUUUGUGGCCAUUAUAUUGAAGGUUUUUAAGUUAACCUAUUUGUUCUGUAUACAAUGAAGUAUUGCAUGAUGUAAAUUUUGUGGAAAACUAGAUUAAAAUAUAUACACCUGCUUCGUAGGGUUUAUAUUAUGUGCAAUAUGAUUUCUGCAUCUCAAAACACUUUCAAAGUAACUGUGAAUUUCUUGUUAUUGGCCAUAUUUUUAGGAAAAAUCUUGUUCACAAUGUGAUAUUUGGUUAUUAAUUACUUUUUCUUUUUUAAUGCAGACUUGUAUAAAUAUCUAUUUGUAUAUAGUUUGAGUAAUUGUGAUAUGAUUAAAUACUAUUAAAAUAUUGUUUGCCACUAUUGUAAUAAAGUGACGAUAAUUGGUUUCA